GUUUAACACCCUCUCCAACCCGAUGCUCACAGGUUGCCUUAGCUGUUGAAGGAGAACCUGCACCUCUUCCAGAAAAGCCUGGAAGCCACAAGGGCCCUGGGAGUCCGGACAAUCUGGGAAAGUCUAGGUUUGGGAGCACUGCCUUAGAGUGACCUCUGGUGUCCUGGCCUUGGGCAUCUCCCAGAGAAAGCAGAUCUGCGAUGCUGGUCAAGGUCUUCCUCGCUUUCUGGGGCUAAUGAAAUGCAUCUCAGUUGUGUUUUGGGGGAGGAAUACAGUGGAUACUCAUCCACCAAUCAAUGGAGGAAUCACCAAAGUUCAUGUUUGGCAAUUUUGAGUGUCAUGGGGAAUGAAAGAUUGUUCCACCUCAUAAUUCCUGGGUUUGUGAUUAGUGGUGACAACCACCUCCUAACCCUACUGGGGACAGCUUCUCUGCUGCGUGCUCGUGGUUUCAGAUGUGGGCGGCCUGUGCUCGCAUCACUGGUUGCUGCAGUUAUCUCCCGACUCGGGCUGAGAGGCUUUGCAGGGACGGUCGGAGGCAAGUCACCUGCAGGUCUGGAGGGUUGGGGCCCCUCAGCCUUGCCGUGGGAUCUGGCCGAUGCAUCUGGAAAGGUCGGACCUUGGAGAGCGAGGCCCUGAUGUGGGACAUGGGCACCUGGCUGCUGAUCUGCUCCUGCAUCUGCACCUGGGUCGGCUUGGGGGCCUCUGCACCAGGGGAAGGAGGAGGGACUGCCUGUCAGGGUGUCAGCUGCCAGAGCCUCGCCGUCACCCAUUCCCACCCUGGAGCAGCUACUGUGUCACUUUCCCCAGGGCCAGGUGCUGGGACUGUCACCUGCCUCAACAACAACAUCCUGAGGAUUGACUGCCACUGGUCUGCCCCAGAGCCAAGCCGGGGGGCCAGGUCAUGGCUCCUCUUCACCAGCAAGCACGGGCCGGGCAGCAAGCACAGGUGUGUCUUCCAAGCCAGCGUGUGCAGUGUGCUGCUUCCCCCUGAGGAGGUGCUGGUGCCUUCUGACAGCUUCUCCAUCACUUUGCACCAUGACGUGUCUGGGGAGGAGCAGGUCAGCCUGGUGGACUCACAGUACCUGCCCCGGAGACAUGUGAAGCUGGACCCUCCUUUGGACUUGAAUAGCAAUGUCAGCUCUGGCAACUGUGCCCUGACCUGGAGCAUCAGUCCUGCCUUGGAGCCACUGACCUCACUCCUCAGCUAUGAACUGGCCUUCAAGAAACAGGAAGAGACUUGGGAGCAGGCAUGGUACAAGGAUCGCAUUUUUGGGGUGACCUGGCUCAUCCUGGAAGCUGUUGAGCUGGACCCUGGCUCCAGCUAUGAGGCCAGGCUGCGUGUCCAGAUGGCCACACCGGAGGAUGAAGUGGCAGAGGAGGAGCGCUUUGAGGGCCUGUGGAGUGAGUGGAGCCAGGCCGUGAGCUUCCGCUCUCCCCGGAUAAGAGGCCGCCUGACCCCUGCUUUGGGGAAGCCCCACGGCACUCUUGUUCCUGUCUUCAUCUUUUUCCUGCUGACCAGUUUGGCCUUUGUCCUGUUCAAGCUGUCACCCAGGGUGAAGAAAUCUUUUUACCAGCAUGUGCCCUCUCCAGCGGCCUUCUUCCAGCCUCUCUACAGUGUGCACAAUGGGAACUUCCAGACUUGGACAGGGGCCCACAGAGCUGGCUGGAGUCAGAGCCAGGACUACGUCGUUACCCCACGAGAAGGCUCAGAGUCCAGUGUCCAGGAGGCCGUUGCGAUGCUCACUUAUGACACAGGGGUUCCCUGGCAAUCACUGGGCCUAGAGGAGGAAGAGGGCCUUGGCACAGGCCUCCCAGCAGAUGUACUGUCAGCUGGGCACAUGGAGUGGAGAGGACAGCCACCUGCCUACCUGCCCCAGGAGGACUGGGGCCCUGUGAGCCCCCCUGGGCCAGCUCCCUUGCCAUCACAGGGCAGCAGCAGUGGCUACUGUGCCCUGGGCUGCUACCAGGCAUGCUGCCCCUCGACUGUCCCUGGAGACACACAUAGCUCUGUGUCCAUCUUGCCCGUGGCCUUUGGCAUUUCCCGUGACCAGCCGAACCUGGAUCCCCAGCAAGGAGGCACCUGUGUGGGAGUUGUUCACAGUCAGAGGCAAGACCCCGGUGAAUAGGUAGCAUGAGGACUUGUGUGGCAUUUUCCUCUCUCUUACCCUUGGCAGACGCUGGUCUUGAUCCUGAAAGUUAUAGAACCCUGACCUGGUCAGUUGCGUCCUGUCUGUUUUGGGGAAAAUGGACUAAAGUCUUUGGAGCUCACCCUUGACUGAGACUGGACCUCGUGUAGAGGGACACUUAUACAGUGGUCAGACCUCCUGUCCAGAUGGAAGCAGGAGGACCCCCUCGCCCCUCCACUCUGCACCUGUGGGGAAGGGCCUCUGCCUUCAGCUUCCAUUAGGGCACCAGAGUACCUCACAGGACAUUUAAUUACGUAGGCAUGUUUGUACUUCUUGUUACAUAUGCUGCAUAGGAAGCAGUAAGCUUAAGAAAUUGGUCUGUCCCAACUACUGAUCUUUUAUCCUUGGCGUCUAGCAGUGUCAAACACAUAGUAAAUACUCAAGAAGGGCUUCAUAAAAAACAAAUGUACCAAUAAACCUAUGAGCUGGUUCUUGAAAGUUAGGAAUACAUCAGCCAGGCAGAAGAAUGGAGGGAGGGCAUUCCACCCAAGGGAAGGAACAUGCAAAAAAUCAUGGAGGUAUACUGACCAUGUUUUACUUUCAUUUUUUUAGGAUAUUAUCAUUGGGUGUAAACUUCUAGGUAAACAGUGUUUUCCCUUUAGCGUUUGAAGACAUUGCUCUGCUUUCUUCUCUUCCACUGUUUGUGACAAAGACAUGGCCCUCACACUGUUCUAACUGAAGUGUGUCUUGUGUGUGCACAUGUGUGUGUGUGUGUGUGUGAAAGAGAGGGGCUGCUGUUAAGUUUCCCUCUAUGUCAACUUUUGGGCAUUUUGCUUAUGAUGCG